CUUUCAGCAACCGCCGCGAUCGGUUCGGUUCAUUCCCGUUUCCUUCAGACCCCUAUGUGGCACGGGCCGCCUCCCCAGACCAUCCCAUUCCGCUAGACGCCCUAGAAACUCUGCGCCUUCAGUCCCAAAAGCCAUCACCGUGCGUAGUGUUUGUAGUUAGUGACGAAUCCAUUUGGGAAAUAAUAUCAAUUUAAGCUGUGCAUAUAAUUUCACCGGUGUUCUCCAUCCAAUCGUGGGCACGGUUCGAGCCGGCAUAUUCCAGAAUAUGUGUCAAUGAUUUGGUAGUGAAACUGGUUUCUAUUCGAUUCAAUUGGGAGGAAGUUGGUGAAAAUGAAAAUGAAGAUACAGCUCGCGGUUCUCGUUCUGGUGACCCUUUUCGGAUACUGCCACGUAGCUCCUGCAUUCGGCGAUGCAUUCCAACUAGGCACGGAGCAAACGUACACCUAUGUGAACGAAGUACGGGUGGGCGACGCGAGAAAUGCUUCGCAAAGCCUCGGAUACCUCGUCAAGGCCAAAGUCCACGUUGCCACCAUUUGGGGCGAUGAUGAACACAAACUACUCUUGUUGAAGAUCGUAAACCCAAUCCUGUACACUACUCCGGGCGAUGUAAAACACAAAACGACGUUAUCUAAAGUAGAUUCAACGCCAUUCUAUGUCUACUGGAAUCUGGGACAUGUGAAGAAAAUCUACUUUGAACAAGUAGAGGAUAUUUCGCUGGCCAAUUUCAAGAAGGGUGUUGCUACUUUGUUCCAGUAUCAGCUUCUCGAUGGGAAAUACGUCGAGGAAGAUCCAUCCGGAACUUGCGAUGUGCAAUACACUUCUCACUCGUCAACGCGGUAUCAUAAAGCGAAAAAUAACUGUAAGUUUGCAGACAACCGCUUUGAACGCACCGAGUAUCCACUGAGAAGUUUGACGAGAACAGUUAGAAGCGCCGACUUUACUGUAAGCGCUAAAGGAACGCUGGAGAAAGUUGCAGCGCAGGAUUACGUCAAAUAUUUAGUUAAUGCCUACGAUAGUUUAGGAGCGUUCCUGGAGUCUACGACGAAGCUGGAGCUUGAGGCAGAAUCCCAAAAAGUUGACACCGUUAAGGGAGGGUCUGUUGAUGAUGUUGUGAAAUCUCUAACAUUACAGGAAUACGGUCUGUUAACGGAAGAUUUCGAAUCGAAAUGCGAAGGCGAUAAAUGUGAUAGUCUUAUUAAAUUAGUCAAAAAUAACAAAAAGAGUCUAACCAACGAGCGCAUUGGAAAACAAGACCAAUCGGCCACCUUGGUCAAGCUGGUCGAGUACGCCCGCCAAACAUCGACGGAAGAUUUCCUCCGUGUCGUCAAGGCAAAGUCUAUGCAAGAACAUAGAGGUCAAUUACUGGAUCUCUUAGGUGCCACCCAAACAGUCGAAUCGCAUAAAGCUGCAAAAUCGUUGCUUUCGUACGAGUCCGAUGAAGACCUCUUCCUUGCCGAACGUUACUUGCAGGCGCUAGCCGUGGGAAGUCGACCUAAGAAGGCCGUCAUUGAAGAUUUGCUAGAACUGGCAGAGAAGAAGCCGGAUAAUAAUAAGUUCUACGAUACGCUGCUGCAAACUCUAGGCUCGUUAGCCCAUCGAUAUGCCAAGCUGCCAGGAAAUUCUUUCGACACCGAAAUUGUCGAGAAGGUUAAGAGCCUUUUGUUGAGUCAGUUGGAUUGGUGCAAGAAGGACAGAUGCAAGGUGAAGUUUAUUCGUGGACUUCAUAACCUCAAGUCGCCUAAAACUCUGGACGUUCUGAGCAAACUUGCUAAAGAAGGCAGCACUAAGGUGAGCGUAUCGGCUAUGAAAGCGUUGCGUUCAUUUUCAGUAUAUCUGUGGAACGAAGAUUUUAAAGCAAUAUUUGAGGACAUUUUCUUCCAAGUUUCCAAAAAAUACGACUCGAGCGCCAGAGCUCUAGCUCUCGAUAUCCUUCUGGACCUUAAACCGGAUUACGAAGAACUAAUGCAUCUGGUUCAACUCUUGAAAUCUAACGAUAAGGCUUACGAAGUAAAACAGUAUCUGCUUCAAAAGCUUCGUAUGUUGGCCGAUCGCUGUCCGGAUUUUGAAGCUCUAUUACAGAAAGUAGUUCGACGUGAUCAUCAGUUGAGCAAUUACCAUAUUCUUGGUGCCAAGGGGUUGUCCACAGCUCUAACUCGAACUUACUCAAAAGUACCUUCCUUCAAUGCAACAUUGGAAUCGCUCCAGGAGAUGAGCGGAGGAGUUUUGAAACGUGGUAUAGUCGAUCUGGCCUUGGAAGUCGGUGAAGAGAAGUUCAGUAUGUUCACACUCGGACUGUUCGCUGGAGGACUUUCCUCUUUUGUUAGCAGCGGUGAUGAUGAGGAAGUGGAAGAGGAUACUGAAUCGACCGCUGGUAUGGAACUUUCAGUGCAAGGAUCCGUUCUACGGCCAUUGGUUUUCUUCGACGGUAAAGGAGAACUCAUGGGACACGUUUGGAGUGGAACUGCUUCCGAACCAACUCCGGCCUAUCAAGCAACUACCCUACUUCAGGAUAAUGAAGAACGAUUCUCACUACAAAAUGGAGUCUCGGUCAAGUUGAACACCUUGGGUGCUAUUUCUAUUGAUCUGAAUGGACAAGUGACGAUGAGUAUUUGGGGAAGGAAUGCACACUCAAAAGUCGAGCAAAAUACUGGGAUCGCCGUAACCGGAAGUCUUACCUUGGACACCUCGUUCGUAUCGUUGGCCGUCAAUUUCAACGUUGGUCAAGAACCUCAGCUGCAUCUAACAUCGGACUUAGACUUCUCGUCUGAAAACCGAUUGUGCAUGCAGCUGAAACAGACGGACAGCGUUCUCAGUCGGAACGUACACAAAUCGGUUUCCAUUCCAGGCAGCAAGUUCCGUAAGACACAAACCAGCAAGAUGGUGUACAAAAUUCCAGGUCAUACGCACGCCUUAAAUCAGAAGAACAACGACAUGUGCAAUCUGAUUGCCAAAAGCUGAUCCCAAAAGAGGAAGAAAAUGUCGAAUUGGUCCCACCACCAGGAGACCAAUGCAACUAUUUUGCUUCCAAAAAUUACCUUCUAGGAUGACUUGAAAAGACUUUGAUAUGUGGUAAUAAUUUUCGAACUAGAAUACCAAUUGAAAGUGUGUUUAAACAUGGGUGUAAAAUUUUGUACAGUUGCGUUAAAGGUAAAACAAUGAAUAAAACAAGAUUUCUAAACAUAA